AUGACUGAAGAACAAGAUAAUUAUUAUACUGAUAAUAUAGAAGAGAAUAAUCCAUUGUUUGAAAAAAAUUUGGUUGAAUUUGAAUCAUUUGGUGAAAAUAUACUUAAAUAUGAAGCAUUUGAUGAAUAUAGUGUUGAUUCUGAAGUAUUUAAUGAAGCAUCAUUAUGUAAGAGACUAAUUAUUGUAAAGUUUGCUGAACUGAAUAUUCAAAAGAUACAGGAAUCUCUACAAUUAAAUCACACUAUAAAAGCAAACAUUCAAGAGAUUGGA